AUGUCUUGGCUAUAUCGGAGCGCGAAAACCCUAAGUCGACUAACAAAAUUGAUGGCGCGAUACAAGUCGGACUUUCAAAUUCAACAGGCGUUGCAAAGCAAAGAAGAAAAAAGUUUGCCGUUGUCUUUAUACGGUGGCAUUUACACCGUCGCAAUGGUACCCGGAGGUGGAUCGGGCCCUCAACUGAUGAAAUACGUUGAAGAGGUUAUAACUGCUUCUGGAGCUCCUAUAACCUUCGAGGUUGUGAAUAUGUUCGAGGAGAGCAGCGAUCAAGACUUGGACGAUGCUAUAGUGGCGGUUAAACGCAACAGGGUCGCGUUAAAAGGCAAAAUACAGACGCAGGGCGACAACAUAAAGAGCACUCAACGAGACGCCAAAAUGAUGAUAGUCCUGGACUUGUAUGUCAACGUAUUACACGCCCAGUCCUUGCUGAAAAUUCGGCCCGAGCACGAUGCUGAUAUAAUAGUCGUCACGCAAAACACAGAGGGCGAGUACACCAACUUGGAGCAUCAAAACGUGAAGGGUGUUGUGGAGUCGAUGAAAAUCUGCACGAGAGGCAACUCUGAGAAGGCCGCGAGGUACGCGUUCGAGUGCGCGCGCAAGGAAAGUCGAAGAAAAGUGACAACGGUGCACAAAGCCCAAGUCUACCAACUAUCCGACGGUCUGUUUCUAGAAACCGCCCAAAAGGUCUCUAAAGAAUACCCCGACAUAGAACACGACGAUCUGCAAAUAGACACCACGUGCAAAAAUUUGGUGCAGAACCCCAAACAAUUCGACGUGAUUCUGACGACGAAUUUGUACGGAGAUGUCAUCUCGAACAUCGUCUGCGGGCUCCUUAAGGGCCCGGGCUUUUUGUGCUCGAAAAACUACGGCGAUUCUUGCGCCGUUUUUGAGGCGGUUGACAGGCAUGAUAACCCCGACGAAACGCGUAUAAGCCCCAUAGCUUUGCUGAAUGCAGCCGUGGAAAUGCUGAACCAUUUCGGUCAUUUCAAACACGUGGAUCAGAUUAGAGAAGCCAUCUUUAAAACCAUUUGUCAGGACGAAAUAAAGACUCCCGAUAUGGGUGGUGUUAACAGUACUUUAGAAGUUGUGGAAAGAAUCAUUGAACGUGUUAAAGGGAUGGAUACCAGGCGUUGGUAA